AUGGCCGAUAAGCUUCGCACGCUCCAGAACCUCGAGGCCAUGCAGGCUCGGUACGUGGGUACGGGACACGCAGACACGACCAAGUACGAAUGGACGUCGAACAUCAUCCGCGACAGCUACGCUUCGUAUAUUGGACAUCCACCGAUGUUGUCGUAUAUGGCUGUUGGAAUGGGGGAGCCGAAGGAGAAGGUCCGGGCUAUGUUUAUUGAGAAGAUGGUUAGGGGGGCUGGAAAUCCGCCAGAGACGCAGGAGUAA